AUGAUCUGUGUCGAGUCCACCGAGUGUAAUUUCUGGAAGAACAAGGACUGCGGCGGCUCCAUGUCGGACGAGGAAGCCGCCUUCACCGUCGGUUGCGGCGACGUUCACGAGAUCCCUCUCCCACUGACUGGCACAUACGGCUCCUACAAGUGCCAGCAUGUACACCCCAACACCUACGAGUCUUCGAGCACUGUCAGGGUUGAGACUACCCCACACGACCCCAACAACGAUGUGCUAGGUCAGAUCUUACCUCCGUAG